UUCACAGUCUCCGGGUGGACGGUGUUAUCCUCUCCACUCAGAGCUGAAGUGGGUCGGCUGUGUGUUCGCGAAAGACUUUCGUCUCUUCCGUCGGGAUCACUGUCUGCGGGCCGAAGAUAUCACUUUCCCAUCGUUAGACCUGCAGUGAGAGAUUUAUUGGAAGAAAAACCACGACUGAAGACAUGGGAACAGCAACAAGUGAACCAGCCCGAGAACUGAGAGCAUAAACUGUAGAGAACCCAUCUGACUCAGGGUUUCCAUUGAUUCAGUCAGGAGAAAGUCUGGUUAAAAAUGACAAAGAAUUAAUCUAUGGGAAUCUCGAGCACCACACACCAGUUUUGCUGUCUCUAUCCAGAUAUUUAAGAAGUGGAACAAAGGAUUUCCUCGAUCAUCCUUCCUGCUCAGACUGUGGGGAGGGAUUCACUCAAUCAUCUGACUGACUGGCACGCCUGACAUUUUAAACAAGGGAGGAAACCCAUUCAUCUGAAGGGACAUCACCAAGUUGACACUCUGACGAGGCCAUUCACCUACUCUGUGAGUGAGAAGGGAUUCAGUCGGUCUUCCCACCUGUGGACACACCAGUCAGUUCACACUGGGCAGAGGCUGGUCAUCUGCUGUAUUUGUGGGGAAGGAUUCACUCGGUCAUCUGACCUCAUGGCUCACCAGCGAGUUCACACUCGGGAGCGGCUGUUCACCUGCUCAGACUGUGGAAAGGGAUUCACUCGGUCAUCCGACCUACUGGGACAUAAGUUUGUUCACACUGGGGAGAGGCCGUUCCUCUGCUCAUUCUGCGGGAAGGGAUUCAUUUCAUCAUCCAACCUGAAGGUACAUGAGCGAGUUCACACUGGGGAGAAGCCAUACACCUGCUCAGACUGUGGGAAGAGAUUCACUUGCUCAUCGGAACUGAAGGUACAUCAGCGAAUUCACACUGGGGAGCGGCCGUUCACCUGCUCAGACUGUGGGAAGGGAUUCACUCAGUCAUAUCAGCUGAAGGUACAUCAGAGAGUUCACACUGGAGAGAGGCCAUUCACCUGCUCAGACUGUGGGAAGGGCUUCACUCGGUCAAUCGACCUCCUGGGACACAAGUUGGUUCACACUCAGGAGAGGCCGUUCAUCUGCACAGACUGUGGGAAGGGAUUCACUGCGUCAUCGCAACUACAGAGACACCAGCGAGUUCACACCGGGGAGAGGCCAUUCACCUGCUCAGAAUGUGGGAAGGGAUUCAGUCGAUCAUGUCAACUACAGACACACCGGCAAGUUCACACUGGCGAGAGGCCGUUCAUCUGCUCGGAAUGUUCAAAGGGAUUCACUCAGGCAUCUCACCUACUGAGACACCAGCGAGUUCACACUGGAGAGAGGCCAUUCACCUGCUCAGACUGUGGGAAGGGAUUCAUUUGCUCAUCCCAACUGAAGGGACAUCAGCGAGUUCACACUGGAGAGAACCCAUUCACCUGCUCAGACUGUGGAAAGGGAUUCACUUGCUUAUCCCAAAUGAAGGUACAUCAGCGAGUUCACACUGGAGAGAGGCCGUUCACCUGCUCAGACUGUGGAAAGGGAUUCACUCGGUCAUCCCAUCUGAAGGAACAUCAGCGAAUUCACAUUCGGGACAGGCCAUUCACCUGCUCAGACUGUGGGAAGGGAUUCACUCAGUCACACGAAUUACUGGUACACAAGUCAGUUCAUACUGGGGAGUGGCCAUUCACCUGCUCAGACUGUGGGAAGGGAUUCACUCUGUCACACGCACUACUGGUACACCAGUCAGUUCACACUGAGGAGAGGCCGUUCAACUGCUCAGUCUGUGGGAAGGGAUUCACUUGCUCAUCCCAAAUGAAGGUACAUCAGCGAGUUCACACUGGAGAGAGGCCGUUCAUCUGCUCAGUCUGUGGGAAAGGAUGCACUAGUUCAUCCCAACUGAAGGUACAUCAACGAAUUCACACUGGGGAGAAACCGUUUACCUGCUCAGACUGUGGGAAGGGAUUCACUUGUUCAUCCCAACUGAAGGUACAUCAGCGAAUUCACACUGGGGAGAAGCCAUUUACCUGCUCAGACUGUGGGAAGGGAUUCACUAGUUCAUCCCAACUGAAGGUACAUCAGCGAAUUCACACUGGGGAGAAGCCAUUUACCUGCUCAGACUGUGGGAAGGGAUUCACUUGUUCACCCCAACUGAAGGUACAUCAGCGAAUUCACACUGGGGAGAAGCCGUUUACCUGCUCAGACUGUGGGAAGCGAUUCACUCAGUCAUUUCAACUACAGAGACACCAGCGAGUUCAUACUGAUUAGAGGCUGAUCAACUGAUCAGACUUUGGGAAAAGUUUCUCUCGGCCAAAUCAACCAAAUUGUGCAUCAUUGAGUUCAUACUAGGAAGAGGCAGUUCACCUGCUGUGAAUGUGGAAAGGGAUUCAUUCACUUAUCUAUCCUUAUGACACACUACCUGGUUCACAAUGGGAAGAGGCGAAUCAGCUGCUGUGAACGUGGAAAGGGAUUCAUUCACUUAUCUAUCCUUAUGACACACUACCUGGUUCACAAUGGGAAGAGGCGAGUCAGCUGCUGUGAACAUGGAAAAGGAGUCAUUCAUCUAACCUGAUGUAAAUCUCGCUUCGGCUAGCAGCUUAAUAUAUGGGGGUGAUAGCCACUCAGCCCGGUCAAACAUAAGAAAUCUCGUUUGGGUGGAUGCUGUGUGGUGUGUCCCAUGUUAUAACUAAGUACCCUGAAAUAACAAAUGAUACACAGUAUGUGAUUUAAUGAUUGAUCUUUAUAAUUCAUUCUUUGACUAUAGGGUUAGUAAAAAAAUCAAAAGACAAAAGGGCCCCCACUCUCCGUUCACAUCUUCUCAUCUCUCCCCAGCAAAAAACACAAUAAUCUCUCUUCCAGACUCACAAGAAAAAAAAAAUUCUGCCAUCAGAAAGCCUUGCACUCCAAAACCCAGUUAUCACUAGUCAUAACCUAAAUAUUGCUGCUACAGAGAAACCAUUACAUCAGCAGUGAAACCUUACAGCGUGUUACACUUGUGACAGACUAACGGGUUCACACUGGGGAGAAAGUUUCAAUAAGCUUCAUGCUGGAUAUUUGUCCAUCACCAUUGCUGAAUGCUAUUUUGAGAGUGACUGUAAGUGCUGAACUCUGCGAUUAUUGCUGCUGCUCACCACACCCAGUUCUGCACCCUGGUCACUGGGCAUGGGAGGAGAUUCUCCUGCUGCGCAUUCAACUUUACUGGGACAGGAGUUUAAUAUUCUGCAUCUGAGACAAAUAAAUCUGUUCCAUUUUAAACCCUGUCCUUGGUACUUACUGAAUUUACAUUACACCUAUUGUACAGUAGAGAGUCACCACAGGCUGGCUGAACCCUGCCAGUGAUUCUGUUCCAGGACAGUCCUCUUAAAUCUUCCCCUGUUGUUCACCUCUUCCUCUGUCUGUAGUGAUGGGUUCCAAACAGUCACCAAUCUGUUUGUGAAGAGGUUUCCCUUGAAUUCUCUGCAGACUGAAGAAGUUAAGCUGACUGCAGUUCUGUCUGAGAUGUUCUUUACCCCUGAAAUCUCUGGACUGAGGAAGAAUUAAUUUUGGAGUUACCCUCCUUACUCAUGGCUCAUUACCACAUUAUUGGUCAUUUUCUCUGGUGUUAGAAAACACCACUGUCUUCCAAAGACUGAAAGCAGAAUGGUAAACCAUUAGCAGGACGUUCAAUGGAGCAGGGUCAGAAACCAGAGACAAAUCUGCACAGGGCAGAGUUUGGGGCUCUGGAAGAUGGUUGGGGUAAGAACAUAUGAUGAGGAGAAGGGAAUCAGCAGUGGGGUAUGGCAACAAAUGACAGAGUAGCAACAUUUGGAAGCAGAUUGAUGGAGAAAAUCUUUUGGUGGUUUGACUGAUAACAAACUAUAUCCGUGUGACAUCUAUGUGUUUGGAAUGGUUUCAUAUAUUGAGGGUGUUGUUCCUGCUUGUUUAUCCUGUAAUAUUAUGUCUGGAUAGUUAUUAUAGAUUGUCCUAUCUGUAACAAUGUAUUGAUUAUCAUAUCAUUUGUAAGAUUUUGACUGUAAAACUGGAUCAGGCUUGAACUUACAGGCUUGUCUGAAGUGAUGGAGGGCAAUCAUGAGUCAGUAUUUUAAAGCAAGAAUUUGGUGAAUGAUAUUUUAUCUUUAUAAGUAAUCAGUUUGAGUUAAAUUCCUGCUGGAUCCUGGAAUGUGUUGGAUUGUGUCUGGUUUCUCUUGGCAUUUCCAGCACUUACUGCCUUAAAUACAAACAAUAUUGUAUGUAUUUUUGAUUUUAUUUUCCCCUUUUGUUAACCAGCUUGUCUUGUAUUCCUGCAAGGAACCCCUCUGUUUCUGGUAAGAGGAGUCCAACUGUCAGUCAGGUGCUCGAUGCUUCCUUGUCAACAUCUCAUCUGCUGAGAUUGUUGAGAUGCCAUACUCAUACCACCUGCUAAUGAUUUCUUCCAGAGUGAUGAUUUAUUUUUCUGAGUUGGCCUCUCAGUUAAUUUUUCUGAUCUGUAUUCCGUAUCACAACUGUAUAUACACACAUGGAGUGCUGAAUCCAGUUCAUUUUUCUUGAAAAUAUAGAAGUUUUAUCUGA